UCAUUCACUUCAAAAAAUGGAUUUGGAAAGAGCCAUCCAUUAAAGAAAACACCCUAAACCCCAUUCGGCUUUCUUCUUCUUCCUGCAGCGAUCAGCCUGACGGUGUCGCCGGCUUUCUCCUCCUAUGAUAGCGUGUAUGUUCCCUCUCGACUGCACGUAGGUGUCCCGGUUUUUCCCCUGCGCGCAAACAGGGCGUGCGGCUACGAGCGAGCCGGCGACAGUGGCACUAAAACUUCGCUAUCGAGCCUACUGCGCCCACAAAUAAGCAAAGCUCACCAGCAGCAUCGAACGUGACCCGUGCAGUUUGAACACCCUGCAACUGCUUUUUCUUCCUUUCGGCAAGGCUGUUUUACCCUAAUUCUGGGUGCAUCAACGACAAUUUUGACUUCACUUGAUUCUCAUGGAAUUUACUUGUUUAAGCAAAGGUGGAUGCUUCUACUUGCCACCAUGUCAUAUGCUCAAUGUUUGUGGGUUUCGAAUCCAAUUUGAUUGCCCUGUGGACUUUUCAGCUCUCCCUAUCUUCUCCCCUGUUCCAUCUGAUUUGGAUGUUCUUUCAGAUAAAGAACUAUCAAGUCAUCUGGGCCAUGGUUCUCUCGAUUUGGAUAAUGUGUCUGAGGAAACUGAAAAGCCACUUGAUGUGGGUUCUUUGAUAAAAGCGGAGCCUUGUUACAAAAUCAUUAAGAACCUCUGGAACCCAUCUUUCACUAAUAUUGUUUUGAUUUCUAGUCCAAUGGGCAUGUUAGGACUGCCCUUUUUGACUCGAGAGAAGGGGUUCUCUGCAAAGAUAUAUGCAACAGAAGCAACUGCCAGGCUUGGAAAAAUUAUGAUGGACGACCUUAUUGCGAUGCAUAUGGAAGUCAAACAGUUUUAUGGAUCUGAAGAUGAUGCUAUCUCACAGUGGAUGGGGCAGGAAGAUCUAAAGUUGCUUCAUCAUAAGCUAAGAGAAGUGACUUUUGGGCAGAAUAGAGCAGAUCUUAGCGGUUGGAUGCCCCUGUACAGUGCAGCUGACGUUAAGGAUUGCAUGCAGAAGGUUGAAACUCUAAGAUAUGGGGAAGAAACAUGUUAUAAUGGCGCACUGGUUAUAAAGGCAUUCAGCUCCGGUCUUGAAAUUGGCUCUUGUAACUGGACUAUUAAUUGCCCAAAGAGAGACAUUGCAUAUAUAUCAAGUUCUAUCUUUUUUUCCUCCAACUCAAUGGAGUUUGAUUACCUUGCUCUUCAGAUGGAGACAAUUAUUUAUUCUGACUUCUCAUCUCUGGAAUUUAUGAAUGACGUAGAGAAUGAUACAAGAGUACCACUUAUAGACAACAACUUACAGCCUCUCGGUAAGGAGGAGACUUUGGCUAAUUUAUUGAGCAAUGCUGCUGAGACAGUGGAGGAAUCAGAAAAACUUUAUUUUAUCUGUUCUUGUGCUAUCCAGUCUGUUGAAUCUGGUGGUUCAGUGCUUAUCCCUAUCAAUCGACUUGGUGUUAACCUGCAACUUCUAGAGCAGAUAUCAGCUUCACUAGAUUAUUCAAAUCUGAAGGUCCCUAUAUAUUUUAUUUCUUCUGUAGCUGAGGAGUUGUUGACAUUUGUCAAUGCUAUACCAGAAUGGCUAUGCAGGCGAAGACAACAAAAGUUAUUUUCUGGAGAGCCAAUGUUCACAUUUGUCGAGCUCCUUAAAGAGAACAAGCUUCAUGUCGUUCCUGCCAUUCAUUCACCAAAAUUAUUAAUUAACUGGCAGGAACCAUGCAUUGUAUUUUGUCCUCACUGGAGCUUACGACUUGGUCCGGUGGUCCACUUGCUUCGACGUUGGUGUGGGGAUCCUAGCUCUUUACUUGUUCUAGAGAAGGGACUUGAUGUUGAGCUUGCUCUCUUACCGUUCAAGCCUAUGUCUAUGAAGGUCCUUCAAUGUUCAUUCCAAUCUGGUAUAAAGCUGGAGAAGGUACGACCGUUGCUGAAGGUCCUGCAGCCAAAAGUUGUCGUGCUUCCUGAGAAUUUGAGCCGGUUGAUCGAUACAAAUACAGAAUCAUUCACGGUCUUUUCGUACUCUGAAGGCAAAAGCUUACGUGUACCAAAUCUGAAAGACAGUUCAGAAUUAGAGAUCGCUUCAGACUCAGCUAUGAGUUUCUGUUGGCGAAAGUUGCAUCAAGGAAAUAUAAACAUCACAAGAUUGAAAGGAGAGCUCUCAUUAAAUUAUGGGAAGUUCAAGUUGUUAUCUGAAAAUACGGAAGUAGCCAUGUAUCAGAGGCCAUUAAUACAUUGGGGUCAACCAAAUUUGGAAAAUCUUCUGACUGUGUUGUCAAAAAUGGGCAUUGAGGGUUCUGUGCAGCAAGAAAUGUCUGAUGCCUCCAACAAUGUUCGUGUGAUCCACAUACACGGUCUAACUACAGGUUUGAUAGAAAUCCAGGAGUCGAGAACUAUAAUUAGUGUUGUUGAUAGAACAUUAUCUGCUCAAAUUUUCAACGCUCUAGAUAGCGUCUUGGAUGGAGUUUAGUAAGGACUCAGACUACUUUUAACUAAUUCUACCUUGCGCACUGGACGGGUUUGACAUGAAGACAUGAAGCUUGAACUGCAAUGGCACGUCAAAGUGCCUCAUUGCUUAUUUUUCUUUGUAUGAUGUAAAAGGAUAAAAGCGCUAUUUGGACAUGAAUAUGACCAAGGGGAACGGAUGAUUAUAAAAAUGUUCAACAUAGUAGGAUUGAAUA